GCGCAGCUGCUGAGCUUGCUCGUCGCAGUUCCCAGCAUGUUCAUCAUGAUGUACACAGGCGCCUUCUUCGAGGCCGUGGGCAUCAAUCAGCGGUCGGCUCGGGACGCCGGAGAGUAUGUGCGUGGCACCAUCUUCGUGAUGCCCUUCCACUUCCUCUCCUGUGCCACGCGCCUCUUCCUCCGAGCACUGAAGCUCCCUCGCCCACCCACCUACGUCAGCCUCGUGGUCUCGCUGCUCCAUCCGAUUUGGUGCUACCUUCUGCUUCACCGCUUGGGUGCGGGUGCCUUUGGCGCCGGCCUCACGGUCUCCAUCAGCUACGGCUUGUACUUCGCACUCUUGAUGGCCUACGUUGCAGUGGUAAGGCCGUCCCCCUGCGACGUGGCCUGGACGCCUCUGCCCCUGGAUCUGGCACGCCGUCGGCUAUGCAGCUGCCUGAAGCGCUUCAACGCCGAUGCCAGAGCGAUAGAGGCCGAACCUGGUUUCCGGGAGUACCUCCGAGUGGCCUUGCCUUCAGCGAUACUGAUGUGGACGGAGUGGUGGGUCUACGAGGCCAUGAGCCUCCUGGCAGGACUUUGCGGAAAGACUGCCCUGGCUGCGCACACGGCGACCUGCAGCUGGCUGCUCAUUAUCUUCAUGGUCCCCGCGGGCCUGGGGUCCGCCACCUCGGCCGCCGUGGGUCACGCCAUCGGCGGAGGCCAAAGUGCUUGGGCCCGCAGCAGUUUGAAAGCCGGGGCAGCUCUGAUCCUCGGGAGUUGCUCCGUCUUGGGGCUGCUGCUUUUCCUGGCCCGCGGGCUGGCGGGGCGGCUCUUCAGUUCGGAUGAGGAGGUGUUGGCGACAAUGAACGUCCUCAUCAUCAUCCUAGUUGUUUUCCAGCUCUUCGACGGCAUCCAAACCGUCCUCGAGGGUGGCCUCAUAGGACUGGGGCUCCAGCGCGGGGCUUCUCAGGUAAAACUGAUCUCCAUGGUGGUGGUGCGACUGGGCGGUGCAUACGUGCUUGCCAUAGCACUGCAUGUGGGCGUCUCUGGGAUUUGGAUUGCAGGCGUCCUCGGGAUGCUUGUCACGGUCGGCUUGUACAUCCGCCUCUUGCGACGCUGUGACUUCGAACUUUUGGCCAGCUCUGCGCAGCAGCAGCUGGUGCAGAGAGUUUAG